AUAGCUAGAAGACUUUUCUUGGAGAACUGGUGAUAACGAUGUGAUAAUAAUAUCUAGGAGCAUAGGAAGACUUCGCCUGUUUAACUGAACCCUAUCUUCUUUUUUCAAGUCUCUAUAAUUAUCAAGGAGAUUCAAGAAGUGAGGAGCUUGUAACUGUACCUCUACGCCUUCCGGAUCGAUGGCGAGGCUCAACUUAUUUUAUCUAUUUGUGACACUGUUAUUAUCAAUUAGUUUGAGGCCAUGUUAUGGUCUGCCGGAGAAGACGACAAGUGCUUUGUUCAUCUUUGGGGACUCCAGUGCUGACACUGGCAACAAUAACUACAUCAAUACCACCGCCGGCAUGCGAGCGGAUUGGAAACCUUUUGGCCAGAAUGGUUUUUUUAAAGCCCCUACAGGACGCUUCUCUGAUGGCCGCCGUGUCUUUGUUGAUUUUAUUGCUGAGUAUGCAAAAUUGUCAAUAAUUCCUCCAUUUCAUCAACCGUCUGCUGAUCUCACAAAUGGUGUUAACUUCACCUCGGGAGGGGCUGGAGUUCUUCCUCAGACCAAUCAAGGGCUGGUGUUGUACGAGAAAGGAGCCAGAAAAUUUGGAUUUCUCAGCUAGUUUCCUCUAGGUUGCAUGCCACUCAUAAGAGCUAGGAACCCCAAGUCCAGUGAAGGCGGUUGCUUUGAAGCAGCUUCUGGUCUUGCAUUGGCACACAAUAAUGCUUUGAAUGCUGUACUCACAGGCCUCGAGCAACUGCUGAAAGGUUCCAAGCAUUGCAAUUUCGAAUCCUAUACCUGGGUUUAUGACAGAAUUAAUAAUCCCGCAAGCUAUGGUUUCAAAGAGGGGGUGAAUGCUUGCUGUGGAACUGGACCCUAUGGCGGUGUCUUCAGCUGUGGAGGCAAAAGGAAGCCCGUGGAGUUCCAGUUAUGCGAUAACGCUGAUAAUUAUAUUUGGUGGGAUUCUGCCCAUCCAACAGAGAGGAUCCAUGAGCAACUCGCCAAGACUUUAUGGAAAGAUGGAACUUCAGUAGGGUCAUACAAGCUAGAAGACCUCUUUUUCGAAAAGGAAAAGCUCACAAGAGCUGAUAUAUUGGAUGCCCCUGAUGAAGAACACUUCCAAUACUGAAGUUCUGCCUGCCUUUAUUGUCCAAUCAACUUCUCAACGCCGUGUGGGUAUAAAGGAAUGCAUGUCCAUUACUCAGAGGGUGUCUGAGAGUGGCUUUCAUCAUUGCUAGUCAUUUGACCACAUACCAAACUGCUAUGUUGUAUGAAUAAAUGGAAAACCUCAUGUUUAUUGGUGUAAAUAAAGCAGCUACAAGGACUUGCCUAACAUUGAAUCCCACGUAGCUAUCCUUGUUUGGCCACCU